CGGCGGACUUCGCAUGUCUACGGACUAUCGUGCCCUUAAUCAGGUAACGAUAAAAUCGCGCUACCCAAUCCCACACAUUGACGAGUUGAUUGACAACCUUCGCGGAGCUCACUAUUUUUCGAAGAUCGACCUUCGUGGCGGUUACCAUCAAAUUCGGGUGUUCGCUGACGACUGCCACAAGACCGCGUUUCGUACUCACUACGGGAGUUACGAAUACACGGUGAUGCCGUUUGGAUUAACGAACGCCCCCUUGACGUUCCAACUCACCAUGAGUGGGGUGUUCUGCGAUCUACUCGACAAAUGUGUGAUAAUUUACUUGGACGACAUCCUGAUUUACAGCACGACCCGGGAGCAACAUUUAAAGAACUUGGAAGCGAUUUUUCAGCAACUACAGCAGCAUCGUCUCAUCAUCAAGGGCUCCAAGUGCGAGUUUCUAAAACAAGAAUUGGAGUUCCUGGGGCACGUAAUCUCCAUGGAGGGGAUUCAAAUAGACCCGAAAAAACUCUGGGCUAUUCAAGAGUGGAAACCGCCAACAAAUCUGCAGCAACUGCAAUCAUUUCUGGGUUUGGUGAAUUACGUGCGGCGGUUUAUACCCAACAUGGUGGGGUUAACUGGACCUCUAACCAACCUACUGCAGAAGGGGACUAUUUACGAGUGGGGGGAGAAGCAGCAAGCUGCGUUCGAGGCAUUAACAACUCUUUUAAUGUCGCCACCGGUACUUCGCAUUGCCGACCCGGAACGGCCCUUCGAAGUCAUCACCGACGCAAGUGACAUCGCCAUCAGAGCAGUGCUCAUGCAAGAUUUCGGCAAUGGCCUUCAACCACUCGCGUACGAGUCUAAAAAAAUGCAAUCUGCUGAGCGCAACUACCAGGUACACGACAAGGAGAUGCUGGCGAUUGUCCACGCGUUCAAAAUCUGGAGGUGCCACCUGACCGGAGCAGACAUGACGGUGCGAACUGAUCACAAAUCUCUACAGUACCUGAGAGCGCAGCCGAAUCUCAACCCGCGGUAGAUACGCUGGCUGGAAUAUCUGGA